AUGCAUAUAACUGAAGACCACCUGUGCGUCAAGUUAGACAAAUGUAUGCCCUUCAAACUCCGCCGUGUGUUAGGUGUGAUUUUUGGGGUCACAGAAAUGAUUUUCUUUGGGGGCAUUUUUUAUGGGAUGAAUGCUCUUUUUCCUGUCCUUCAAAACGAAGGCAUUUUUGGUAACCUUUGCCCCCAAAACACUGCUAAUCUUGGCUGUGAUAAACAAAUUAACAUGUACGCCAACGCGCUAACAACAUACUCCGUUGUUAUGAUGGUCAUGUUAAUUGUUGUUGGUACUCUAAUUGAUUACAUUGGUCUUCGUGUUGUCAAGCUUAUAUCAACACUAUUGUACUUUGUUGGGAUGCUUAUGUUUGGCUUCGUUACUCCAUCUACAUCACCACUAAUCUUUGUUGGAGGAACAUUUGCGGCAGUUGGUGGAAUGGGCAUGAUGGUCUGCUCAUUUAGCGUCAAUCAGCUCUUUACAAAGACUGCUGUGAUUGUUCUCGCUUUCAUAACAGGCUCCUAUGAUGCCUCCUCGGCUCUUUUUGCGGUUGUAAACCUGACUUAUAAGGCUGGAAUCCCUCUAAAAACUACUUUUCUAAUCCUUGCCUGUUGUGGCCUUGCUAUGGGUGUGUUUAGUGCGUGCUUCAUCUACUCAUACUGGCUUCCGGAUAUGGGAAAGUAUAAGGACGAAGUCAGUUCUAUCGACAUUUAUGCAGAAGAUGACAUAGAAACUUUUCGGGAAAAGGAACGAGAGGUGAAAAGCUUGGAAGAAUAUGAUGCGGAGAGUGAGGAGGCAAAAAGUGAACCUUCGCUCGAUGCUGCAGCAGAUGCUGUUCUGUCCGAACUCUUUGAAACGCGUCGAAAAUCACUCAAAUCUCUGCCUUUUUUUGUGUGUACACUGUUUUUUGCUCUUGCGCUUUUGAGGUUUACCUUCUUCCUAGGAGAACUUACUCCUGCUGCCAAUGCUCACUUUAACGAUUCCAAUAUUACAAAUCGCAUUGCAAGCACCCUCUCCUUUAGCCUCGCAGGUGGCAUCUUAGCUGGCCUCCUAUGCGGUACUGUUAUUGACAAGCUGCGGGCUAUUUACCGUCCAAAAAUUGCCAAUGUUCUCAGUUUGGAAGACUCGAUUGAACGCUCUUAUGCCUUAUUGUGGAUCAAAUUACGACCUAUGGCCUUUUCCAUGUACAUAAUGGCUACUUUCUCCUUGAUAGUUAGCUGUCUGGUCUUUGUGGGCAAAGAAGAAGUCUAUUAUGUCAACUUCUUUUUCCUUGUACUCAUGCGUGGCUUCCUGUUUAGCACUUUCUCCUCUUCAAUCAUGGCUGCCUUUCCAAUUGCUCAGUUUGGCACUCUCUAUGGCAUUGGUGGCUCCCUUGCUGGUGUAUUUUCAUGCCUUCAAUACGCCCUCCUCAUACCUUCGCCAACAAUAGGCAAUGGUUGUGGUCUGGCCAUUGCUGUGCUGCUCUUCAUCCCACCCACCGUUAUCCUCUUCAAAUCUAUAGCCUGCAUGAAACGCAUCCGUUGA